AUGUAAUAACCUUUUGCUACCUUCUCAAAAUAAGAACUCAAAAAAAGACUUAGUGACAUAUAAUACAGAGUAACCCAAGAGGCAGAUACCGAACCACCUUUCAAGAAUGAAUAUUACAAAUCCAAAGAUCCUGGAGAAUACUUCUGCAUUGUUUGUGGAGAUAAAUUGUUUGGAGCUUAACACAAAUACAACUCUGGAUGUGGAUGGCCCGCUUUUUGGGGCUCUUAUGACUCAAAAAAUAUAAAAGAGAUUAGUGAUUUCAGCCAUGGAAUGAAUAGAAUUGAAGUUAGAUGCCAGAAAUGCAAUGCUCAUUUGGGACACAAGUUUGAUGAUGGCCCAGCAGAACACGGAGGCAUCAGAUAUUGUAUUAACUCUGCUUCCUUAUAAUUUAAAAAGGAAAAUAAAUGA